AUGGAAGAUCAACUAUUCAAAGUCAAUCUUAGAGCCCACUCGAGUGAUAGAGUUUCUUGGGCUAGGCUGGGACACGGGGAGGAACCGCAAAUUCGUCCCGCAGAGAAAAGUCGACCGAAUCAGAAAAGAACUCCGGAAGCGAAUCGACUCAGGGCUCUGGAAUUGGAGACAGGCGAAGUCGAUUCUUGGAAAAUUAAACUUCGUAGGAUUUGCAAUACCUCUGGGACGGUUGCAUUGUCGGCGCAUCCAGAUAGCCAGCAAAAGACUCCCAGAAUUCGAACCAAAGACAUCAUAUCGUAUCCCGCAAGAGGUGAUUCAGCAGCUUCAUUGGUGGCUAGAGAAUUUGGAACAGACGUCAGAACUUUUCACACCUCCGAUGACAGUAUUCCUGUCGACCGAUGCGUCGGACGUUGGUUGGAGUGCUCAUCUGCUAGACAAAACAAUCAAGGGUACUUGGCCGGCCAAACAAACGUUAUGGCACAUAAACAAAAAGGAGUUGUUUGCCGUUUUCCGUGCAUUGAGGAGGUACAGGGCGAUUCUGAGGCACAAAACCGUAUUGAUACAGUCCGACAGCCAGACGGUUGUUGCUUAUAUAAGAAACGAGGGAGGCACCAAAUCCAGAACCCUUCUCAGAAUGACGGAACAGCUACUGUUGUUUGCAAGGAGCUACCAGAUCCAGAUAUCAGUAAGGUACAUCCCGGGGGUUUACAACAGUAUUGCCGAUCACCUGUCUCGGCAGAAGGCGGUGCCAGACUGGCACCUGUCAGAGACUGCCAUUCGUCCAAUUUUUCUCAAAUGGGGCCAACCAACAAUCGAUCUGUUUGCAACCAGGAGGUCGAGAGUCGUAGCUGCCUAUGUUAG